GAACCAUCACCCACUAAAGCUCCUCGUCGUCUAAUCAUCCAAUACUAACAUGCGUUCCACCUCUCUCGCCACCGUCCUCCUCCUCAUCGGCCUGCAAGAGGUCAACGCAGGACCUAUCGCCUACGGCAUCUGUCAAACUGGCUGUAACGUCGUCGCUGUCGCUUGUUAUGCCGCCGCUGGGUUUACCUUUGCAACUGUCGCUGCUCCAGCCGCUCCAGCCGCUUUAAUCGGUUGUAAUUCAGCAUUGGGAACUUGUUCUGCAGCUUGCGCUGCCACUGCAUUGAUUGCGCCAAUUCCUUGAGCUCCUUGCUCACUGAUGAUCAUCAUCCCAGAAGAACUUCUUUGGGACCUAGAUGAAGUUGUUCUUCUCGGAGGGUCCCACUCGAUGGCCCGGAUUAAUCUGUACAUAUUGUCGGAACUUAUCGAAGUAAUAAUUUUGUAGCAUUGUCACGGUGUUCUAGUUUAAUUAAAGUUCCAC